UAGCUCUAAGCCUACAGCUUGCGGGACUUGUUGCUUCAUUACUGAGUUAACCGUUGGCGUGAAAAGAGGUUCCCGAUAACGUGGGCCGUGUCUCGUUCCGAAUAGUUUGUGAAAAAAGGAAAUUCAAUCAGAAGUCCGGGUGGAUUAAGAUAAGCCGCGAAUAAGCCAAGUUCCUGAGCGUAGCAGAGUUCCAAAUAAAUCACCAUUAGUGGAUAUCUGGUUGGUAUCAACACCACCCUUCUCGUCGCUAGUCUGCAAGUAGUUAGCAAGACAACCCACUAGCAUGGGCUACCAGUGCAUACUGGUACUCACGCUCUCGCUACUGGCGUGCAGCGUGAGCUUAGCGAAUCCCGCCUCCGACAAGCCCACCACCAGUGCCCUGCCGAAGGCCCAUGAUCCGCUGUUCAACAAGAUGCUCGCGGAAAAGUCGGAUAUCCCGAUGGCGCACAAUCCCAUCUUCAACAAGAUGCUGCCCGAUCAUUUUGACGACAUCGACCCGCAGAACAACCUCAUCGAGGACGAGGUUGAGGCCAAGCUACCGUCGCUCAAGUUUAGCGCGGACAUGAACCCCAAAUACGCCCAGCAUGCUGCCGCCAUCCAGAAGCUUGCCAAGGAACAUCUGAAGGCGGAAUCGACAACCAUGGGUAUCGUGGCCAUCGACAAGGCUGAAGACAAGGACAGUUUCGACGAUGAGGACAGCUACGAAGACGAGAGCGAUCUUCUUCCUGAUGAAGACUCUAAGGAUGCGUCCAAGGUCGCGGAAGUUCUACCUCAAGUCGAGGAUCUCUCAGACGUUCUUUAUUCGCAACCUUCCGUUGGAAAUGCCCAACCGGUUGAUGCAAAUGCGGUCUCACAGGAGAAGAAGUCGAGCACGAUGACGACGACAAAGACGACUGCAAAACCUGCUGCUCAAACUUCAACCAUCGCCACCUCCACAACAACAGUGGCCGAUGACGAGUACUAUAAUGACGAUGACGAAGAGGACAGCCAAGAGCUGUCGAACGAGAAGAUCGACCCGUUGGCCAUCGAAAAGAUGCUCGCCAAGAACACUCCGAAAACAACGGAAUCAACCCCAUCGACGACCGGCAAACCAGCCAGCAGCAAGACGUCCAAGACUUCGUCUACCACCAGCAAAGCGCCGGUUAACAACGAUAUCCUGGACGAUGCCGACGAUGACGACGAGGAGUACCAGUACGACGACGAUGAGGAUUCCGAGGACGAGAGAAUCGACCUGGACGCCGUCGAUAAGCUGUUGGCUCAGAAGAAGCAAAAACAGAAGGAAGGAACCACUGCUGGCAGCAGUACUUCAACGACUGCAGCCGCCACCGGCAAGAAGCCCGGCAAAAGUGCUAGCUACUACUACUACGAUGAGGAUGACGAUGAAGACGAUGAUGAUUACAACUUGGAUGAGGAGAUCCACCUCUGCCCACGGGAUUGUAUUUGCGAACGUAACAUGCAUGCGUACAUGGUUGCUACUUGCAGCCGUUUGGAUAUGGAUACCCAGAAAUUCUCCCCGCAGAUCACUGACCUACAGGUGUUGGAUGUGAGUCCGAAGUACCCCAUCGUUUUGAAGGCCGAGUUCUUCAAACAAAUUGGACUUUCCCACGUGGUGUCGAUCAAGAUCAGCAACUGCACGAUCGAAUACAUCAGCCCGUCCGCCUUUGCCGGUCUGGAUGAUCUGUACUCUGUUAACCUGACAAACUCAGGUUUCGACAUGUUGCAUCCCGAUACCUUCGCCAACAACACCAAACUGCGACUGCUUACAUUGUCCGGAAACGAUCUUAGCGCUAUGCAGAAGGUUAACUACAACACCCCAUACACCGAUUACAUGUUGAAGGCACCUUCGAUCGAGGAACUGGAUAUCUCCAAGUGCAAUUUGCAAGCACUUCUCCCGACUGCGUUCAACGAGCUCAAGAACAUUAUCUAUAUCAACCUCUCCGAUAACAAAUUGAAAACUCUUCCCGAAGGUCUCUUCGAUAAGGUUGAAACAAUCGAGGAGCUUGACCUUUCGAUGAACAACAUUUCUGCACUACCUAAGAAUAUCUUCAACAAGACUUCCUUGGCUAUCCUGCACCUCAAGUAUAACAUGAUCAGCAGCAAUCUGGACUUCGUGACCGCCGAUCUGCAGAAGCUUGACUUGAGCUACUGCCAGAUUCGCACCAUCAACGGUCAGAUGUUCAAGGGUAUGGAAGGUCUCACUAACCUCAUCUUGAAGGGCAACCGUAUCAAGAAGAUUAACCAAGUAGCUUUCGCCCCACUCAAGAGUCUGCGCCAGAUCGAUAUCUCGCAGAAUUAUCUGGAACAGAUCUCUGCUCUCACUUUCCUCGGAAACAAAGACCUUGACAUCAUCAAGCUGAACGACAACCCACGGCUGAAGCAGCUCCCGUCCGAAGGUUUCCAGAGCUCGUGGGGAGUAUUCAGCACCUACUUCCUGGAUGUGUCCAACUGUGACAUUUCCGAGCUUGCUCCCAACACCUUCAAAACCAUGCCCCAGCUGACCCGUUUGAACCUAGCCUGGAACAAUCUACAAACCGUCGGCCCCGUAGUGUUGAGCUACCUGGACAAACUGAUGGACCUGGACCUCAGCAACAAUUUGAUCACCGACCUCAAUGAGGACACCUUCAAGAGAAACAUUAACCUUAACAAGCUUAACCUGUCCGGAAAUCAGUUUGCCCUUAUCCCGGCUAAGGUAUUCCAGCCUCUUCAAUAUCUGAACCAUCUGGAUGUCAGCGAUUGUGAUCUUCGCACAGUUUGGGAAAACUCGGCUGCCAAUGCCAAGCACACGAACGUCCUGCCUAGCCUGAAGGUGCUGAACGUAUCGUACAAUGAAAUUUCCAGCGUAUUUGUGUCGGACCUCGAAUCCCUUACAAGUCUUCGGGUCUUGGAUAUUCGUAACAACUCCCUGAAAUGCAAUGCUCCCUUCAAAUCGCUGAUUAAAUGGCUCGGUGUUAAGAAGGUCUCGCUCGGAGAUUCCAACAAGGAACAAAGAACUCACGCUGAGUUGAACGCCUACAUUGCGGACAAUUCUGCACCUUUGAUCGAAUGGAGCCAAUUCGCUCAAGAAGUGUGCCAGGCUAGCAAGAACGGAGCCGACAGUCCCGUCGUCAUCAAGGACAUUAUCAAUGAAGACCUCGGAGAAGACGAAGAUGAUGUGGAUGAAGAUGAAUCCGAUGAUGAUGAAGAUUACUCCGAAGAGCAGAAUACAAACAACGUCAAUGUUGUGGACAGCAAAGACGAUGCCGAUCAAUACUACGAUGAAGACGAGGAUGAUGAUGAUGAUGAAGACGACGACAACGAUACCAUCAUCGAAGACAUCGAUGGAUUGCAGAAAAUCGAAGAGAAAAUACUCGGAGGAAGCGAUCCCCAGAGGGAAGAAGUUGUCAUUCUCGAUGGCAACACACUGCUCCAAAUCAGUGGUCUCUGGCUACCGAUCCUGUGUAUCACUCUCGGCAUCGUAGUGAUUAUCGUCGCCUUUGUGAAAAUCUUCGAGAUUAUGAUGCGUAAGCGAAGCGAAAACUACCGACAGGCGCUGCUCGCUUCCAAGAACUCCAUCGUCUACCAAAAGUUGACGGAGGACAUCGUGGCACCGAAGACUCCCAAGGUGCAUCGAUACGCUCCGAUUCAGCAAGUCUAGGGUAUACUCCCCCAUCCUUCUUCCACUAAAUACUUAAACAAACAAAAACACAUCGAUUCAUAAGCUUCCAAGUAGUCUUCUUCCAUGAGCUGCUAAAAAAGAUUUCCAGUCCUUUUCUAAAAUCACAGUCAACAAUUUUGUAACAAAUCAUACUAGCAAUAAGUAAAGAGUACUUAUAACAAAACCAGAGCAAGAUUAAAAGAGAAAAACUGCAGUAGUUGUAUUUAUUAAGUUUUCAUUCUUAAUCCUAUCGUUAUACUGUAAAGCUAAAAUCGUUCGAACUGAGACUUAAGAGACAAAAGAAAAAAAACCCUAACCCUGAAAGCUACUUAAUUCCAGAAUCCGAGUGCGUAAUCUAUUCGCUUUUAUACAAGUUUUUUUAUUUUUGCGUUUGUUGAUUACAUUCCGACGUGGAACGCGAGACUCAAAGAAUCCGACCUGAUUGAAUUCUUUUCCUAAAUACAAUCGAUUUCAAACUUACAAAUUUUACACAAACUUUUUCGCGCUGUCUUACUCGUUCUGCAGAAGAACGGGACUCCGGUAUUCAUGUGUUGAAGAUACUAAAUAGAAUCAGUAUAUUAAAUCAGCAUUAAAAACGAAAAGAUACAAACUAAAACGUAAGAGAUACAGAUAGGCUUCCAGCAUGUGCCAUGAGAGCAAAACCCAACCCAAGGCAGCAGCAGCACAUACAAAAAAGUUGAAAUGAAGAGUUUAAAAAGCGCCAAAUUGAAGGCGGACCCGCAAGGUGAAAUUAGAGCACAAAACGAAACCUGCAGUAUAUUUUUGUCCUUAAAUUAUUGUGGAUAUCUUUACAAAACUUUAUAACAUUUAGUCUUUUGAUUGGAUAAAAUAAAGGGUUUUUUUUAUCGA